UGUGCCGCUGCCUGGCAACGGCGCUGCCUGGCGGCUAGAGUGGGAGACCGAGGCUAGGACCGAGCGGACGGGGCGGGGCUCCUCUUCCAACGGAAGGCGGGGCCUGGAGGGCGGAGCCCCGCCUCUUCCACCUGGCCUCUGCAGGGGGCCGGUUUUCGGAGUGCGCUACUGCGUCCCGGCAGUUUGGCGUGGCUUUUGGUAGCGCGGCCUUCCGAGGCCAGACUUUCCCACUUCCCUUUUGCGCAACGAAGCGGGUAUCUUUUUUCGAUUCUACGGGACCUGAUGUCCAUCUUUAAUCUUUUCACCCCUCCCAACUUUGUAAUCGCAUUAAGGAUGUUUGUCGCCUAGAAUUGUUGAACGCAGACUUCUUUGCCAGUACAGCCCUAACGCUGGCGACAUAGAAAUGGGCAUGACUAGACCUCGGGCCUCAGUUCGGGCUUGUCAGGAAGCAAGCUGAGGGAGGUGAAGUCACUUGCCUAGGACCAUACAGCCAGUAUAUGAAAAGCCAGAGGCCUCUGAUGUGACUGCAAGUCCACUGUCUUGAUGUUUGAGUAAACCCGCUCAUUUCUGAGGGCUGGAAAGCUGUGCGAUUGGCUUUUGUCCUAAACCAGUUGUAGCUAUGGACUUGCCAGAUGAGAGCCAGUGGGAUGAAACCACCUGCAAGUUGGCUGUUUGUCAGCAUCCACAGUGCUGGGCAACGAUCCGCCGGGUUGAGAGGGGCCACCCUCGAAUCCUGGGCCCUCCCUGCAAAACAGCUCUGAAUAAUGACGACAAAUCCCCAGUGCUCACCAUUGUGAACAUCUCAGAUUCCUGCUUCCGGGCCAAGAGACUUGCUCACGGUCAUUUAUCAGGAUUUACCUUCACCAAAGCUCCCUCUUUAUUGUGUCAAGGUUCAAAGUUUGACUCCAAAUUUCAAGGCAGGCCUCGGAAGGAUCUACCUGACAAAGAUUUCACCCGCUAUACUGACAAUUCUCCUAAGCUUUCAGUGCUGAAUCUGAAUGAGACACGACUUCCCAGCUCUCAAGAUGUUAGAAAUAUGGUUGUCGUCUGGAUCCCAGAACAACCAGAGAAGCGUGCGAGACCAGCUGAGAAGAAGCGCAUUGUCUCCAGCCAGGAUGGCAGAAUGAACUGUGUAGCUAAAGACCAUUUUCUCUAUAGAAGGCAGAAAACAGAAGCACAGCUGGGACCUCCAAGGAUGCAUGUGCCUCCCCCCUUGCCAGUACACAUUUUUGAGCAACUAACUUCAGAGUCCAUACCUUUCUGGAACCAAUUUGACUUGGAACCAUUACCUCAGGAUCUGUUGAAGAACCUUUUGCCUGAUGAAGGGAAAACCAGGCCUUCUCUGGAGAUGAAGACGCAAUUGGCCAUGAUGAAGAAGAAAGUUGCCCUGGAGAAGAGCCGACCUGACAGUGCCAUUUCUGCAAAGAUGUUCUUAUCUGUGCACCGCCUCGCCCUGCAGAGACCAGCAUUGAGAUAUCCUGAACAUUUGAAGAAAUUGUGUUCUAACCUGAACACAGAAGGUAGAUUUUCUGGUGCUGUCAGAUCCUCAGGUCACAAGCAGCAGCAGCAGCAGCAGCAGCAGAAGCAGCAGCAGCAGCAGCAGAGGCUGGUGAAAACACCACCUAAGAGACAGGAGGCUAAAAAGAAACCCAAGAGCGAUCCAGGGAGCCCGAACAUUUUGCAUAAACGUUCAGGUGCCAUGGUUUAUGGCCCACGCCAUGCUCACAGAACUCUGUUGGGUUGGAAAAGUGACCAAAAGCAGCCACAGUGGAUGAAGUUAGAAGGACUCACCUUGAAGCAGGAUUCCACAGAGAGACCACAGAUGAAGAAUUAUCUGGAUUCCUUCCCCAGUAAGGAUGAUCCUGAAUUAUCUAAGACCAAACCCUCUAACAAGGACAUCAGCACUCAGGAGGACGCUGUGCUGGAAUCCCAAGAGAGGAGCCCAGAGGACCUUUCAGAUGGUACAUCUAGAACAAGGUGGAACCCUGAGCUCAAACUACUGAGGAUUCUUCAGGCCACUGAUGACGAGGAUGAGGAGAACUAGCUCUCCAGGUCAGAGAGUGGAGAGUAUUUCAAGACUCUGCAGGGCAGUCUUACUCCAGAGCAGAAUGCUUGGAAUCCUGAGGACGAUGACCUUGGACAUAAGGGCAGAAAGCAGAGGGGACUUCUGCUCCCUGGAGGCUUUACCAGGGCCUGACCAUAGAGAUGCUGCUUUUUUCGUUCACUUCUCCUUGCCUCUAAAAUAAUUGAGGAGAAAAAGCCUCAUCCUUUUUAAACUUAGAUUGUUUCUCUUUCAUUAGGAACAGAAUAAUUUUAGUGAUUAAACACAACUGCUGCUUAA